GACAGUCCGCAUCUUCGGAAAAAGCAAACAAAAACUAGGAUAUUAUAUCAGCGUCUCAGGCCUCACAUUUUCCCUCUGCCCUCUCGUAGGCCACACUCUCCGGCAAUGCGGAGUCAACACAUCGGCCGUAUUAUCAGCCUUGGUUGGGUUCCUCGCUGCAGCGGCGUGGUAUACCAGUGGGGAGGUAUUACCUCAUCCCUGGGCUAGGGGGGUGAGGUAUCGGGAUGUGUUGAGGUUUGCGAUGGUACGGGGUGGGCUAUCCUUUACAGAGAUUCGGAAGGUUGGGCGUGAGUAUCAAGGAGGGGAGGAGGUUGUUGAGCGGUUUGUGGUUGAGGGGGUGGAGGUCACGGUGGGGGGUUUAGAUUUGGGAGGCGGGGAGGUUUGUGUUUCUCGCUAUGGGGAUGGGGGUGUGAGUUGGCGGUUAUGGAGUGGUGGGGAUUGGGAAGAGGGCGAUGGGUUGAACAGGGGCUGUCGAGGGUUGGACUUGACGGUUUCCUAUGCUGUUCGGGGAAGGUUGAGGUGGUCUGAGGUUCGCCGGCGGGAGGUGGUUGAGUUGAUUGGUAAAGUCUGGGAGGAUUAUGCUCGGGUGGACUCGGGAGGGAUUGAGUGUAUUCGGUUUGAAGAAGUUGGUGAUGGGACUAAUUUGUCUCCUGAAGUCAAAGGAUGUGGUACUAACUACGGGGGUGUUGAAACUCGGGGCAGCUGAGGGUGAAAAUGAUGUUUCAGAUUGGGAUGGAAGAUAAAGCGAGAGUGGCCAUCCAGGCAUUAUGAAACGACCAUUGGCCGGUGUCAAUGCGGUGUGAUUGGAAGAUACAAAGACUGGGAAUGCAUGUAUGUAUAUACGGAACCAUGCCCCCCCAUCAAACAGGCAGAUAGAAGUGAAUAU